CAUACCCGUAAGAGUUGCCUGAAAUCAAUCACCUAUCCAUUAGCAGUUUAUAUUAAAGCGGUCACCAACUCGUCGUUUAUCCGAGUAUUGGCUACACUAUCUGUCGAAAUGGCUACAAUUCCGGUGGAAAACACGUCAAUCCCGUUUCUUGGUGAAAUUCCUGGGGGUUUGUUCGCUGGCAAAAGUCUUCAUAUCCGCGGACAGGUUACGGGCAAUGAUUUUUUUAACAUAAAUCUCCAAACGGGUGCAGCUGUAGACCCUCGUGAUGACGCACCACUGCAUAUAAGUAUUCGUCCGGGCGACAGAAGAAUAAUCCGCACCAGCUACGAGGGUGGUGCUUGGCAGAAUGAGGAACGCGAUGGGAGAUGUCCCAUUUCGAUCGGGACUCCGUUCGACAUGGAAAUCAAAGUGAAAGAUUCGUACUACUCGAUCAUCAUCAAUGGAAAUAAGUUCUGUAAAUUCAACCAUCGUUUACCGGUGGAAAGCGUGCGAUUUAUCCACAUCGGGCUGGGAGGAGUGAUAGAAUCUAUUUCGGAAUACGUUGCCUAAAAUCGAUUUCAUUUAAUUUUUCAUCUCUCAUAACUUAUCAUCGUUUAUUAAAUUAGACCGGUAUGAAGACACUAAUUACAGAAACAAAAAUAAAAAUAUACUCAAAUAUUUUUUUUUAUUUUUGUAAUGUCAUUUGAUAAAAAUAAAUGUAAUCAAAUGCCACCGUUUUAAAAAUUUGCCACGAGUACAAAAAUAAGUUGUUCUAGAAACUCACGACGACGAAAUCGUACAACAUUGCCCAUUUUGUCAAGAUGUAAAAAAGAUGUUUCCAACAAACGAUACUCGAUGAAAUUUACAACCAACCAGCAAGUGUUCGAAAAUAAUUACAACAAAUAUCACGACUACUCAGAAAAACGUAAAACGUGAAUAGCCAAUCACCCAUAAAAUUAUUCACGCUUUUUUACGCACGUUUAUGCGCCGCUGCAUAUCACACCUCUGUCCGUUUUUUGUUGUCGCUAUUUUUUUCGGUACGCCCGGGCUGAAUCGAUUAUCUCCGGGCGUACGUUGCUACGUACUCUCGAACUUUCGCCUGGAAUUUGUCCUUAUCCCUGGCGAAUUGCUCCGCCGCCUCAAUGUUCAGUGGAUCUUCGAAAUUCAAG